AGUCUGGGACUUGUGUUGCGCGUGUUUUGCCCUUGCAGAGGCGCUCGGAACCCAUUGAGCUCCCGUGUAACUGCGGCUGGACUAUGGGGAAGGUGGUGUUGGUCACCGGGGCGACAAGUGGCGUGGGCCUUGCCCUCUGCAAGCGGUUGCUGGCAGAAGAUGGGGCGCUCUCGCUCUGCUUGGCUUGCAGGAACCCAGGCAAAACUGCUGCUGUCCGCACUGAGCUGCUUGCCCAGUUCCCAGAUGCUAAAGUCACCAGUGUGCAGACUGAUGUGAGCAACUUUCGUUCAGUGCUGCGAGCUGCUGAGGAGAUAAGGCGCAGGUUCCAGAGAAUAGACUGCAUGUUCCUCAAUGCUGGCAUCAUGCCCAACCCGAAGCUGAACCACAGAGCCCUGGUCUCUAGCAUUUUCUCCAGGAAAAUCAUCGACGUGUUCUCCACAGCUGAGGGGCUGCUGACGCAGGUUGAGAAGGACACCCCUGACGGGCUGCGGGAAGUGUUUGAGACCAAUGUCUUUGGCCACUUUGUCCUGGUGCAUGAGCUGGAGCCCCUGCUGUGUGGUGGGGCUGACCCAGCCCAGCUCAUCUGGACUUCAUCACGCAAUGCCCAGAAGCGCAACUUCUGCCUGGAGGACAUUGAACACCGUGACGGCUGUGAGCCCUACAGCUCCUCCAAGUAUGCUAUGGACCUCCUGAGUCUGGCCCUCAACCAGCGAUUCAACCAGCAGGGCCUGUUCUCUAGUGUGGCAUGUCCAGGCACCAUGCUGACCAACUUGACCUACGGCAUCGUGCCGUCCUUCCUCUGGACACUCAUGCUUCCCUUCAUCUGGCUGUUUCGCUUCUUCGCAAACGCCUUCACCCUGACACCGUACAAUGGUACAGAAGUACUGAUAUGGCUUUUCCGGCAAAACCCCAGGUCUCUUGACCCCUGGACCAAGUACCUGAGUAAUACCACUGGCCUAGGAACCAACUAUGUGAUGCCGCAGAAGAUGGACUUGAACGAAGAGAUGGCCCAGAGUUUCUACCAAAAGCUUCUGGCCCUGGAGCAGCGCAUCAGGACCCGCGUCCUGGACCCGCACAAGCAGAGCUGACCUGGGCUCAGCCAGCUGUUCUGAUGUAGGGUGAAGCUGCACUCACCUGAAUCUUCAGCUGGACUGGGAGGGCGGGCACCCAUCUGCAAAGAGCAUCUGCUCUGGCCUCCCUCCCUCCCUGUGGCUGCAGGAUUCUCUCAGCCCCCUCACCCCUCUAGCCUCUGCCCUUACCAUUGUCUGCUGUGGGAACCAGUAUCCAGCCUCAGCCCAGCUGUUACCAUGAGUGCUGAGUAUCACUCAGACUCUGGUGCUCCUAGAACUGCUGUCUGCUUUU